AUGCAGGCUUUAUCCACCACCGGCGAAGGGAAACGACGCCGUUGGGGUGCUCCAGAGAUUCUGAAAAUCACAGCCAUCGUCACGGUGUCGGAAAAUUUGGUCCGGGGAACAGGGGAAAGGCUAGCAAAGUUCGCCGAGUCGAUGGAGAUACCCUUCGAAUUCAACUCCAUAGUGGUAUCAAGCUUGACCGAAAUCGACGAGGCGCAAUUCGACCUCGAUCCCAGAGAAACCGUAGCUGUUUUCAGUGAGUACGCAUUACAGGGUCUGGUUUCAGAGCCGAAUGAAUUGGAGGCACUGAUGGGAGUUCUGAAGAAAAUCAGUCCGAGCAUAAUGGUGGUGGUUGAAUCAGAAGUGAACCUCAAUUCCUCCAACUUCGCUCGCCGGUUCGUCGAAGUUCUGUUCCACUAUGGGGCAUACUUCGAUUGUCUCGAUGCUUGCUUGGAAUCAUCGUGUGGCUACAGAGAUGUGAUUGAGUCGAUGUUCUUGAACAAGGUGACGGAGCUUUUGGUGAAGGAAGGGGAAGAAAGGCCGAGGGUCGUGACGAUUGAAGUGUGGAGGAAGUUCUUUGGGCGGUUUUUGAUGUGGGAAGUGGGGUUGAGUUCGUCGGCAAUGGAGACCGUGAAUCUGUUGCUGGGGAGGUUUGUGGGCGGCAAGUGUUGUACGUUGGACAUGGAUGGGAGGAGUUUGGUUGUUGGAUGGAAAGGGACGCCUAUUUUCUCGAUUUCCACUUGGAAGUUCCUCCAUUGA